AUGGGGUUACUACGAACCGUCGCACUUGUUGUGCUGACUAUCUCUCUUCUUGUAUUUGUUGCUCUUUUUGGACGAUUACCGGCCUUUAGGAGAACCCCUAUUGGUUUUAUGCACCGAACAAUCUGGAUUUACAUUCCACGUGGAUUCGCCCGAGUUGACUCGUUUCUCACUGGAGGCCGACUACUGUCGUGCUGCACUAGUUUCGGCAAGUAUAUGAUGUAUGAGAAUCAUCCGCUGGUGUUGAUAUUCUUCACCGCACUCAUGUCAAUAUCAGAGCUUAUAUUCAUCCCGAGAGCCUGGCCAAAGUUGGGCCCUCUACAUCGGCUAUUUGUUCCGAUAGCAGUUAGCCUGCCGUAUGUGUUCUUAUAUGCGAGUGUGACAACAAAGUCCUUCAUCACUGCAGAGAAUGUUAAAAUCGAGUUGGCUCGAUAUCCAUAUGAUCGAGUUCUAUUUCACCCCGGAAAUGAGUGCUCUACCUGCCGUCUCCUGAAGCCUGCCCGGAGUAAACAUUGUAGCACGUGCAACGCCUGUGUCUCGAAACAUGACCACCACUGUAUUUGGCUAAGCAAUUGUGUGGGUCGCAACAACCAUCGAUACUUUUUAGGGCUGUUAAUUACUCUAACAGCCUUGAUUGUAUACGGAAUGUGCUUGGGAUAUGCAAUCCUGAGCGAGACUUUACAAACAACACUCUCUUAUAAUAGAGAUGUACGCUGGAGCAAGGGACUGUCGUGGUCCGUAUACUUCAGCUAUUGGGGCAUGGCUAUUGCCGAUGAUAUUCGCAUUGGCGCCGUUUUUCUCCUGGCAGCAAUGACAGCCCCCCUUGCAUUUGGAUUCCUUGUCUACCAUACCUAUCUAAUCUGGGCUGGAUUGACAACAAAUGAGACCUCGAAGUGGGAUGACUGGAAGGAAGAUAUUGCGGAUGGCUUGGUUUACAGAGCAGAAAGAAGCGAACUUUACAGAAAUCCGAAGCCGCGAAAUGAGUCUAUCGAACCAGAAUCGAGUUGGCCAGGUACCAGUGACCAAGUACUUAUAUUGACCGGCGGCGAGCCUCCAAGAAUCGGGUUUUCUAUCUCUACCCAGUCGAACUGCAUCUUGCAACCGGACGAUGAGCAUUCACCUGUCGAUCCGAGGUUCCAUCAAGUCGCGAACAUCCGAUCUGUGGACAACAUAUACGAUCUUGGUUUUUGGCUUCAACAAAAAUGCUAUCUCGCGGAGCUUCUCCUCAAGAUCGUACUUGCGGGAACCUUGAGCCACUAUGAGACCCGGGGCAUGAUCGAGGACAAACAGCUCGAGCAGAUGCUGGCUGCAGGGAAGAAGAUCGUCUCAAAAACUCGCCAUGAAGUACUUGUCAGACAAAGCCUCGCGUGGUCGCCAGACAUUUGGCAAGGCCUUACUGACGUGCUCACCAAAGCAAUCCCUGUUCUGGAAUCGCAAUCCUUCGCUUGGAAAUCCCCACCGAAUGCGAACUACGAUCAUUCAUCUUCUAAUUUAAUUGCAUAUAAUUAUUUUUCGUUGGUCAAAGAUAUCGAGCGACUGCGUGAUCUCUGUACCAUUGCUCGGAAUCUUCUUGCGACUACCAAUAGAGCACAAAACUUAGCAGCAGAAAAGGGGUUUGACCAACGAAUAUUGGCGUUGAUUGAUACAUGUGUCAGGGUCACAGCGCGAGGUUUUGAUGGCGACACAAAUGCGAGAAACGAGGAACGCUGGCAAAAAGUGGUUAAUUUAUACAAGAGUCUGUUGAUUAUAUGUCUACAGUUCUUGAAUAAUUUCAUUAUGCAAAAUGAGCAACGCAAACUCGUUCUUUGGCUGGAUAUAUUCGGAUAUCAUUCAAAUGGCGAUUAUAAGCUUAUCACGCCCCUGGAUCCCUUAGACCCGGCGAGUCCUCCUCCUCAAGGUGUCGCUCCAAUUGUGAAAACUGGCGAAAGGUCAAUAGAGCCCCCUCGAAGCGAACAAGCUGCAGAAGACCUAUUAAUCGAGACCAUCUCCAGCUUUCCAAGAGAGCCGGCAAACAUCAAGGAAGAAGCAGCGAUGUUGCUAUUGGCACAAAUCAAAGACCAUAUGGAGAAACUACUCGGUCGUGAUCUGCGGGAAAUACAAGAGAUGGGGAAAGAUCCGGAACAAGUGAAGGAGAUUCGCACAGCUCUUACUGCAAUCCUUGGCCAUAAAGCGGACGAAAUGCGAGGUCUAAAGGACCGCACACAAGACCCUCCUGAGCCGGAGGAAGAUCUAAGAAAACAGCCUAUACUAUGUAUUGACAGGAGUGCAACGGCUGGAUAUCCUCGAAUUUGCUGGGCGGACCUGCCUGAUUUCGAAAGAUAUAAUGCCUUCGCGGUCGACGCGCCUUUAACCAGCGAGGAUACCAGUAUGCCUCGCACCUAUCAAUCCGGAGUUGAUGCCUUGCAGAUAGCUAAAGAAGAGCUCAUGGCACGUGCGCAAGAAGCUUCACAGGUUUUAGGUGAAGGCGAGGAGCACUAUGAUCAUGACGACGGUGUUGGUGAAGAUGACGGCCAGAGCUUCGAUGAAGGUGCAGAUGGAAGUCUCGAUGAGGAGGAAGAUGAAGAGGAGGACGAAGAAGAAGAUGAGGAGGACGAGGACGAGGACGAGGACGAUGAUGAUGAUUACCGUGGUCGACCAGGCGAUCAACAGCGAGGACUGUUGACGGAUAUUCCGCUGGUCCUAGGCCCCGCCGAGAUUGAAGCACUUCCAAUGAUCAUCAAAGCCGGGAUCGUUGAUAGUUUUGGUGUUAAGACUGGGGACCGGGAAGUUCUGAAAAACAUGCAGGCUAUUCGUUGCCACAUUCUAUUAACGCAAGAAACUGGUCGCAAUUUACUCCGCGAGCUGUUAAUUUUCAUCGCCGCCUGGGAUCUUCCGGACGAUGAACAGUAUUACAAAUACAUGGUCCAGAUUAUGGAGGCGAUACUGAAAAAUGGCCUGAUGUCUCACGCUUACGCUGAUUUCGGCCAACAAAAGGAUAUUAUUUCGCCAGCACAAGCCGUCGUGAUUAAGAUCUUAACACAUAUCUUUAGACUGAAGUACUCGCCGCCAUCGGCAAGUAAUAGUCAGCCCAACGAUUUCGUACCACCAAGCCUGGUGAGGGUGGAUGUGCUUACUGUACGGUAUAUCUUCUCCAUAUUUCGUGGUACUAUUGUGCCGGAAACCUGCGGCCUUAUUUACCUCCAAGGCCAAAUCCGUGCAAAUCGGGCACUUCCAGAGGAUUUUCCGCUGAACCUUUGGGAUAUGGAGAGAGUCUACGAGGGUGUUUACCAGUUCCUUGAAUUCCUUGCCGUGCUUACGGAGAAUAACGACUGGAAAGACCUGCUUAUAAAAUGGGAGAUUGUCUACGAUCUAGUCACAUUGAUCAAAGAGCUAGACACAAGCAUUCCUAGGGGCUCUCUAAGUUCAAUGGCUGCAAACCCACCAGUAUCAGCAUCCCAAGCCCUCAACGACUCAUCCAAGGACCCCGCUCAGCCGGUUGCUGUAGAGCGUCCCUACGACCCCACUGAUGUUGAUGCGGUGGAUGAGAACGGUGAUGAAAUUGGCUCUAGAGCCGACUCUCCGCCCAUUACUGAAGACCCUUGUGAGUUCGAAUGGCGAAACCUCAAGAAACUUGUCAUUCUAGUCUUGUCGUCUCUAGUCUGGAAAUCCCCCUCGGUUCAGGACCAGAUUCGCAAGCACAACGGCGUUGAAGCUAUUCUGUCAUGCACUAAUUUUGAUGCACAUAACCCUUACAUGAAGGAACAUGCCGUGAUGUGCCUGAGAUUCCUUCUCGAGAACAAUAAAGAAAACCAGAAAUCAUCGAAGAGCUGGAAGCACGGGAAGUUGUUCGGGACGAAAACGGCUUACUGGAGAAGAGUGGCUACGAGGCAAUGA